UUGAGAUAUCACACAAAAAAAUAUAUAUAAAAAAUGAUAACAAAUUAUUCCAUGUUCAAUAAAAUAAACAAACUUAAUUGACGUUGUAAAUACAUAAAUUACCCAUGUAUUUUCAAUUGAAUCCAAAAAUACUUUUUAUCUAUAAUUGUAAAUUGUAUAUAAUGUUUCUAAUUUAGUUUCUAUGGAGACAGGGUAAUUGUUUAACAUAUUUAAAAAAGAUCUGUUAAAGAUUUUUGCGUUUCUUUUUUCUAUUAUGCAAUUUGUAUUUUAUUACUUGUACUUAAUUUCUUUUUAACACUUUAAAUGUUUGAAUGAAUUAAUUAUGACAAUGUCUAAUUUACAAGACGUAAAAACAAAUUAUCUGUGUCAAUGUACUCUUUCUAUCACCGAUGAAAUUGUAUCAAAGCAAAUUUCUGAAACCAAAGACAAUUUUAAUAAUGUACCAAGUAUACAUGAAGUUGAUGAAAAUGAUGAUGAUGAUGACGACGAUGAUAAUUGUGAAACUAAUAUUAUUAAUUCAACAAAUUUACAAGAUAUUGAAGAUCAUGAAACUGAAAAGGAUAAAGAAAAAAAUACCCUUGAGGAUGAAUUUGCAUAUACAAAUGAAUCUUUUUGUUCUGAUGAUUCUUGUGAUGAAUCAGAGGAAACUACAUCACAAUAUUUAAUUAGUGGUUCUUGCUCACUUUUUGUCAACGAUGAUAAAUAUAAAGAAAAUGAAAAAUUAGAAAAUGUGAACGACAAAGAAAAGGAAAUAUUUUACAAUAGAGAAAGCAAAGAGAGUAUAAACGUAGAAAAAAAUGGAAGGAUAUGGCACAAUAAUGAAAAAAAUAUAGAAUUUGGAAAAACAAAAAUAAGAAGGAAGAACAUGAGCUUUACAGACGAGGAAGUACGGAAAAUUGAACAUGAAAAUGAACUUUUAUUAAGAAAAAUAAUGGCACAACACCAACCUCGUGAUAAAGUUUUUAAAGGAAAUAUUCUACCCAAAAUGAGUAGUUCAGCUAUAAAUAGGAAAAGAUUACAAAAGAAAAUAGAGGGAGAUAAUAUGAUACUUCUUCGUAGAAUACAACAAGCAAAACCAUGUGUGAUACCAAAGUCAACUGCGCCAGGCUAUAGAAUGACUUUUAUAUGAUUAUCAAAUUAAUUAGAAUCUAAGAUUGCUAUAUUUAUAUCAAGAUUUUAUUUACUAAAUCUAUAAUUAUAUGUCUCUAAAAAUGUAUAAAAUGUAUUACAUUUUAUGGCACUAUUUUUAUCUAAUAUGUCCAAAUGUAAAAUACUACUUCUUCAUAUCAUAGUAUGUUUAAAAAGAUUGAUAAUUGUGCAAUCA